AUGCUGGGUAUUCCACCUAUCCUUCGCACUGACAAGAUUGACAUGCCACUUGUGUGCAGCGAUGCCCUGUUCAAGGCGCAUUCUUCACACAAGUGGAAAUCCCUCAUGGGGACCAGAGACCCGUGGAAUCAGCCGCUCUCCGUGGUGCUUGAGAAGCAGCACUCCUCUCCGAGACUGACAGGUCGUGAUCUUCAAACAAUCUUGUCGGUAGUCUGGCUCCAUAUCCUCGAAAUCCGGCAUCAUUUAGAGGGUCGGGAAAGCUCGACUUCCGCAUCAAGGGACCCAUAUUCAGCUUUGUCACCUGGAAACCCACAUUCUAGCGGACCAUCAUCUCCUGCCUCCUCUCUUUACAACAUUUACAAAGUCCAUGCCUCAGAGCUAAACGAUGGAAACAUGAAUUCGUUAAUAUUAUGGCAUUACCUAUGCAUUUCCCUCAUGACCAACUUUGAAGUCAUUGAGGAUGCAGCCGGUCGGAAUGGCCCCGAAGCAGCGAAAGCGGCAGUUGAGAGUUUAAGAAUAUGGGCCGGAACCCAGAGCGGCCGUCGAGCCUGCCUCCAUGCAGCGCAAAUUUUGGUAAUCAUUACACGACAUUGUAGGUCUGAUGGAAUGAUGCUCCAUUCUGAAACUGCGUUAUUCAACGCGGGCCUAGUCAUGGGAUUUUACCUGUUCACCGCUUCCGACUGCAUACCGGUUGGUGACGGCCCAUGCUAUGACCUCUUUGAUGACGUGGAUUGGAUCCAGGUUGGGGCUCUGGGUCUGGAGCCAGAACAGCCUCAAACAAAUAAUCUCCCCUCAGCUUCGACCGCCUCUGCAUUUAUCCGUGAUGGUGGUCAUGUUUGCUUCCAUGGCGCCCAGUUCUACAGCUCAUACGGUGCCUCUCGGAGGACAUUUAUGAAUGUGGCUUCCCAACUGGAACAAGUGGGCAAAUGGAAUGUCGAGGAGUAUAGCAGGGUGCUACGGAUAAUUAGCGCUACUUUGCUCACAUCAGAUAACCAGAGUACCGGGUGA